AUGAGCGCCGAGCCGCCGCCGGAUCCGCCGCCGAAAGCGGCGGCGCCGAAGACGGCGUCGUGGAAGACGCCGCUCGCGACCGCGGCGCCGACGGACGAGGUCGCGAGGACGCCCGCGCCUCCUCCCGCGCUGAAAUCUUCCUCAAACGCGGCGACGGCCGCGAAGAGGAAACAACAAACAUCCCCGGCGACGCCCGCCCCGAGCGGGCCGCCGAAGACGCCCUCGCACGACGUCAACGGCGGUCCGAUGACGCUCACCGAGCUCGCGGUCCCGCUCCGGUCGCGGAUAUGGGACCUCACGGACGGCCGGCUCGUGAACGGCGAGUGGACGCGGUACGACUGGAAGCCGAACAGCGACCUGAAGAUCCUCGAGCCGUUCGGCGGCACCGUCGCGGAGUUCGAGACGGCGAUGCGCACGGAGCUCGACCUCCCGGAGCGCGAGGCCCCCGGGGUGCAGUUCAUCAAGAUGAUCGCGGAGCACGAGAAGUACAGGGACGCGCACAGGAAGGCGACGAAGUCCGCGCCCGUGGUUGGAUUAUUCGGCGGUUCGCUCGUGGGCGUGACGACGCCGAUGUGGGAGGUGGCGGACUCGGAGGGCGACCUGCGGCGAGAGUUUUCCACGUCGGAAGACGCGGAGAUGUACGUGAAGAGGAACGUGGAGAUUAAGGUCACGAAGGUGAAGAACAUAAUCAGAGCCGCGGACGCGUUCUCGAGCUCGAUCAAGGAAGAAGCCGGCGGCGGCAGGGAACUCCGGGAGGGAUUGAGAGCCGCGCAGGCGGCGGCGGCGAAGGAGGCGGCGGAGGAAGCCGCCGCGAUCGGCGGCGGCGGAGGAUCGUCGUCGUCCUCGAUCCCGAUGCCGUCCACGCGGACGCAGGUGCGAUGGACGAUGAAAGCGACGUUCGACUGCGAGGCCGCGAUCGCGACGGCCGCGUCGAGGUCGGACGCGCACCCGGACCAGAUCCCCGAGCUCGAGGCGCGGCUCCGGAAAAUCGUGCGAGGCGACGUCGACAGCGAGUUGGCGCCACGGAAGAAACGCCUCCGCUCGCAAGUUCAAGACGCGAUUCAAGUCUUCGCGCAAGUCAUCGAGGACGAGGACGGGAUCUGCGUCUGCGAUUUCAAGAAGGCGCUGAUCACAGAACCGAUCGGGCCGCAGCCAGCCCCGGGGGUCGCGGAGACGCUGGAGGAGGAGUACGAGCGCAAGCGCGCCGCGUUUUUCGACGAAAAGAUCAUGAACUUUCAGACGCUGAGAGACGAGCCGGUCAUAAUGCUCGGGCAAGCGCUGAGGCGCAUGCGCCCGCUUCGACCGCGCGUGAUCAUCGUCUGCGAGCGCUCGACGAUGGAGGCGACGCUGCGGAAGCUUCGAGAGGAAGCGAUGCGCGGCGGCCGCGGGUUGCGGCAUCUGUAUCCCGCCAUGGGGUGGGUCGUCGUUCCGAACGGCACGAACAUCCCUCACGCGAAGGCGAACCUCAUGAUCGCGCUCGCGAGGGUGUUACACCGGCACUCGCUCGCGGUCGCGUGCAGCGGCAGCGUCGGGGUGUUACAACAAAUGAAUCAAGCCGCGCUGUGGGACGUCCCGAUGAUGGUCCUUCACGGCAGCGGCGGCUUAUCCGACAUCUGGAUGAAGAUGUGGCCGCGACGGCUCGUGGAGGGAUUCGAAGCGAACAAAGUGCACGAGGCGCUGCAGUCGUGCGCGGGGUACAGAGUCGACAUGGAGUCCGCGCAUCAAGUCCGCGAAGUCUUGAAGAAAGGGACGAUGAUGCUACACUCCAUCGACGCGAACUCGAACGCGUUCGAGCGUCUGUUUAGGAUCGAACUCAACGGCGACCAGCUCAUCGAGACGGCGUUGAAGCGUCUGUCGAGUUACGGGCUGACGAUCAAGGUGUACGCGAAGUAUAAGAAGCCGAUCGCGACGCUGGCGAUAUACGUCGGCCUCGCCGCGACGCUCGCGUCUGUAUUCGUGUCGAACUUGGAGGUGUUCGGCAGCGAGAGCAACCAAAACUACAGCGGCGACACGUUUCGGUGGAUCGCCGUCAUCGCGCCGGCGAUUCUCGUCAUCUUAAACUCCGUGGAGAACUUCGUGAACCUCAACUCGAUGCUCGUGAUCGCGGAGCGCGCGAAAGCGAAAGUCGAGUCGCUCCUGUACAUCUAUCGCUUACGAGCGCUGCAGUUCAGCGAUAACUUCAUCGAUCAAGAGCGAGACAAGCGCGCGAAGAUGCAGCGGCUCGCCUUGGCGAUGAAGGCGAAGGAUCCCACGAAGGCGAUGUCGACGCGGAAGAAAAAGUUUCAAACCGGCGGCUUGAGCGACAGCGACUCCGAGAUGGACGACGAGGACGCCGGGCAAGAGAGCGGCGACAUCAUCACCCUGAGACAAGCGAAGCUCGCGGAGUUCCUGGAGAGCAUCAACAAAGACUUCAGCGAGUCCGGGGCGGUGUUGCUCGAGCUCGCCAAGAUUGGCGGGCUGGGCCCCACGACGAAGAAGCAGCAGAAGAAGCAAGAGAAAGAUGCCCUCCUCGGGAACGCGACGAAGCAGUCGCUGAAGCACCGCCGCCGCGUCCCUUCCAAGUCGCGCGCGCAGAAGCAAACGAAGCCGAUCGUCCCGGAGCCGAGCCUGGCGGACGACAGCGACGACGACUUGAACCCGAACAUGCUGUCUCCGCUCUCGAUGCUCGAGAGCAUGACGGGACCGAUGGUUCGCGACUUGGAGCAAGCGCAAGCGGAUGCGAUACGCGCGAGCGGGUUACGCGACUUCCGAGGCGGCGAGUACGGCGGCGACGUCGUGAGCAUUCCCGGACAGCGGUUCUCGAGAGACGCGCAGACGGUGUUGGACGUCGAAGGACGACGCGUCGACGUCCCGGGCGUCGGGAUCCGCACCGAGGGCGGCGCCGGCGUCGCCGUUCCGGACACGCGCGCGCGGUUGCCCUCCAGCGGCGAGAUCACCGGCGAGAUAACCGACGCCGCGACCGCGGGGAUGACCGACGAGGAGCGGCACGCGAUGGAGUAUUACCUCCGUCGCGCGGGCGUGGACCCUUCCAACGUCCCCGGUCUGCCGCGGUUCGACGGCCGGCAGAUCGGCGCCGCGGGGGGCGAGUACGCUAUCCCACCGGUGAACUACGACCUCUUGUCCCCGCGGUCGUUCGAGACCCCGGGAGGGAGAGUCGCGAUCCCGGGGUACGACUUCGGGUUCGGCGGGACCGAGUUCGCGACGCCGAAAUUCCGCGUCCCCGACGGCGACGAGAUGGCGGAUUACGUCGACGCACGCGGCCGUCGCGUCGUCGCGGCGUCGGCGGCGGCGGCGUUGCGUCGAGCGCCGAAGACUCCGUCCUCUACGCGCGCGAAACAGCUCAUGGCCAGAGGUAAGGUUGCUCAAGAGAAAGCGGACGAGGCCAAGGGCGUCUUCGGGCUGUUUUUCCCGCCGCCGAAGAAGCGAACGCACCGGGAAGAGAACGCGGCCGCGAAGGAGGAGCUCAAAGAGUUUGAAGAGUCCGCGUGGAGCACGUCGACGCGCGAGUACGUGAGAUUCCGUCUCUCUCUCAAGCUGAAAGAGUUUCGAUUGAUGCACAACUUGCUCUUCAAGUGGAGCCUGCUGAUGCAGAUGGUGAUGUACAUCCUGAGCGCAACUGGAUCCGUGCUCGCGACUAUCGGCCAGCCGCAGUGGGUCGCGAUCACCGUCGCCGUCGGACAAGCCGCGCAGCAGUGGCUGCGGCAGAAUCGCAUCGAAGAGCGACGCAUCGCGUAUCGGCAAGCCAGCGCGGAGCUCGCGGACGCGAAGAUGAAGUGGGAGGCGGUGCCGAUGGAGAAACGCGCGAUGCAGAGUAAGAUCGACGACCUCGUGCGGAGGGUGGAGACGGCGAUCGUGAGCGUCGUGGAGCCGCUGCCGACGCAGGUGAACUGCCCGAGUCUGGAGGUGCUCAUCGAGCGGACGGAGUCGGGCUCGGGCUCGGGGUCGGGCUCGGGGGAGAGGGAGAGUAAGGGGGGCGGGAAAGACGUGGACUUUUAA